AUGCGAAAGUACCAGGGUCCCCUGCCCCCCCGGGCGCCCGCCGAGCCCGCGGCACCGGCGGAGCAGGAGCCCCGCCAGGGCGCCCAGGAGGCGCCGCCGCCAUCCUCCUCGUCGUCCCGCUCCAGCGUGCCGUCCGUCCUGCCGCGCCGGCCCUCCCGCAGCCCCGGCGUGCCCCGGCUCGGUGCCCGGCGCGGUGCCGCCCGCUGGGUGCUGCCCGAGGUCAGGGUGGUGGACGUGAGCGGCGAGCCCGAGCGGGGCCGGGCGGGAGCCUCGCGGAGCCGCCUGCCGCUGCCGGGGUCCCUGCAGGUGCUGCCGGGGCCCGGGCGGGUCGCCAAGGGCCAGCCGCGGCUCUGCGACCCCUGGCUGGCCUCGGCCCGCCUGGCCCCCGGUGUCACCGUGCGCUGGGGCGGCAGCGAGCGCCGCGGGCCGGCCCCGGGGGGGCACGGCGGCGACGAGCAGGGCGACGAGGCGCUGGGGACGGCGGAUGAGGACCUGAAGCCCAUCCUGGCCGACCCCGAGUGCCGGCUCUCGGAGUACAAGGAGGAGGAGCUGGAAAACCUGCUGGGAGCGGGGCUGCUCCUCCCGGGGGCUGGCCCGGCUCCGGAGGGAUUCCCGUCGCCCCGGGUCUCGCUGGUGCCGGGGGGCAAAGGUCCUGCUGUGCCCUCUGUCCCCAGCCCCACCCCGCGCCCGGCCAUGGAGCUGCUGGGGGCUCUGAGCCCCCCGUGGUGGCUCCUGCUGGCCCUGCUGCUGGCCCUGCUGCUCUGGGCCACGCGCAGCAGCCCCUGGGACCCCCGCAAGUGUCCCACCGACCUGACGGGCAAGACAGUGAUUGUCACCGGAGCCAACAGCGGCAUCGGCAAGUGCGUGGCCAUGGACCUGGCGCGCCGGAACGCCCGCACCAUCCUGGCGUGCCGGAGCCGGGAGCGGGGCCAGGCGGCCGUGGAGGAGAUCCGGGCGGCCACGGGGAACGCGGCGGUGCUGCUGCGGCCGCUGGACACCGGCUCGCUGGCCUCGGUGCGCGCCUUCGCCCGCGCCGUGCUCCGCGAGGAGCCGCGCCUCGACGUGCUGGUCAACAACGCCGGCGUCACCGGUUUGCCCUUCGCCAUCACGUCGGAGGGGUUGGAGCAAACCUUCGUCACCAACUACCUGGGCCCGUUCCUGCUCACCAACCUGCUCCUGGACCUGCUGAAGGCCUCGGCGCCCGCCAGAGUGGUCAACGUGUCGUCGUUCCGGCACAGCGCGGGCACGGCCGACAGCGGGUACCUGACGGGGCAGCGGCGCCCGGGCGGGCACGACGCCGCCUACAACAGCACGAAGCUGAUGAACGUGCUCUUCACCAACGAGCUGGCACGGCGCCUGCAGGGCACAGGGGUGACGGCCAACGCGCUGAGCCCCGGCGUGGUGAGCACCAGCAUCAUGCGCCACUUCAGCUGGGCCGUGCGGGCGCUCUUCGUCCUCCUCCGCCCCUUCAUGAAGUCGGCCGAGCAGGGCGCUGCCAGCACCAUCUUCUGCGCCGUGUCGGAGGAAGCCGCGGGCAUCAGCGGGAAAUACUUCGACAGCAGCUGCCGGCUGGCGCUGCCCUCGGCGGCCGCCCGCGACCCCGCGCUGGCACGGAAGCUCUGGGAGGCAUCGGAGCGGCUCACGGGGCUCUCGGGGCAGGACUGAGCCAGCGGGAUGUCACCCCUCAGCGCGGGAAG